CCUGUUAGAGGCAGCUUUGCCCAAGGGGGGUAUUUCCAGCUUUGGGGUUUUCACUUCCACUUUUACGAGGUGGGCGGAGUGGCCUUCUGUGGACAAAUCAGAUCCCUCCUCAGCUCCAACUUCAAGAGGUGAGCCAGGGGUUCAGGGUCCCAGAUACACAGGUGGUGGCAGCAGCAGCAGCAGCAGCAGCAGCAGCAGCAGCAGCAGGAAGCGUGGGGAAGACCAGAGGCCAGAACUAUGGAAGACCAGCGCGACCUCAUCUCCAACCAUGAGCAGCUGCCCAUACUGGGCCAGCGCCCUGGUGCCCCAGAGAGCAAAUGCAGCCGAGGAGCUCUGUACACAGGCUUUUCUGUCCUGGUGGCUCUGCUCCUGGCUGGCCAGGCCACCACGGCCUACUUCCUGUACCAGCAGCAGGGCCGGCUGGACAAGCUGACAGUCACCUCCCAGAACCUGCAGCUGGAGAGCCUGCGCAUGAAGCUUCCCAAGCCUCCCAAGCCUUUGAGCAAGAUGAGGGUGGCCACUCCCAUGAUGAUGCAGGCGCUGCCCAUUCAAAGCCUGCCCCAGGGGCCCACACAGAAUGCCACCGAGUACGGCAACAUGACACAGGACCACGUGAUGCACCUGCUUCUGGAGGCGGACCCCCUGAAGGUGUACCCAAAGCUGAAGGGGAGCUUCCCAGAGAACCUGAAACACCUUAAGAACACCAUGGAGACCCUGGAUUGGAAGGUCUUUGAGAACUGGAUGUAUCAGUGGCUCCUGUUUGAAAUGAGCAAGAACUCCCUGGAGAAGAAGAGCACUGAGGUUCCACUAAAAGCACUGACCAAGUGCCAGGAGGAGGUCAGCCGCAUCCCCGAUGUCCACCCUGGCAUGUUCAGGCCCCAGUGCGACGAGAACGGCAACUAUAAGCCGCUCCAGUGCUAUGGGAGCACCGGCUACUGCUGGUGCGUCUUCCCCAACGGCACCGAGGUCCCCCACACCAGGAGCCACGGGCACCAUAACUGCAGUGAGCCACUGGACAUGGAAGACCUGUCAUCUGGGCUGGGCAUGGCCAAGUAGGACCUGGGCCAAGCUAUCAUUUGAGAACAGCAGAUGCGGAUGCCAGCACGUAGCCCACGCUGCGUGGCCACUGCUUCCUUGCUCCCUUCUAUCCUCCGACCCGACCCUAGCCCCUCUUCUCCUUCCCUUACACACUGCUCCCCCAACUCACUGUCUCCCACCCCGCAGCUCCUUCCACAACACCCUGGCACCUGGCUCUCCAUCAUCCUGGGACACAGGUCAUGUCAGAACAGCACAGAUUUAACGAUGCAGGAACGUUCUGUUGCCCAAGCCCCCAUCUGUCAGGAGUGUGUGGCCCAAGGAGGUGGCCCAAGAGCUAGGCGGACUCCCAUUUCAUCCUCCAACCUGGAGCCCCAAGACCCAGGCCCAUGGACGAGAUGGAAGGUGCAGGGAGAGGGGACAGUGUUCCCCGACACCCAACAUGUUAGCUGUUCCUGCCCCUUUCUAGCCUCUUCAGCUGGGGAGCCACCCCUUCCCUCUCUCCAGCAACACUCACCCAGGAAGAACCAGCCCCUCCACAGCGAUGCCUCACUUUCUGCCAACCCCCAGUUCCCUCUCCGCAGCCAAGCUUGUCAUUGGCCCUCAGGGCUGAGAAUAAAAGUAGUGAGUAGAACA